AUGCCUAAACGACUGAUCAUCAACGCGUUUGCGAUGCAAUCGCCCUCCCACCUCAACCCCGGCCUCCACCGAUACCCCACCGACCAAGGCCCCAACUACAAAUCCAUCAAGCACUGGAUCGCGCUGGCCCAGAAGCUCGAAGCCGCCAAGUUCCACGCCAUCUUCUUUGCCGAUGUCCUCGGUGGCUACGAUGUAUACAAGGGCCCCGCCAACCUCGAGCCCACCAUCCCCGCCGGCGCCCAGUUCCCCAUCAAUGACCCCCUCUACAGCGUCUCGGCCAUGGCCGCCGCGACCGAAAGCAUCGGAUUCGGCAUCACCGCAAGUACCACCUACGACGCGCCGUACGCGCUCGCCCGCCGCUUCUCCACGGUGGAUCAUCUCAGCGAGGGCCGCGUGGGCUGGAACAUCGUGACCUCGUACCUGGAUUCGGCGGCGCGGAACUUCGGGCUGGACACGCAGGUCGAGCAUGACGAGCGGUACCGCAUCGCGGACGAGUACCUGAACGUCACGUACCAGCUGUGGGAGGGCUCGUGGCGCGACGGCGCAGUCAACGCCCGGGAUGGCGUGGCCGGAUACGCGGAUCCCCAGGCUGUGCGUCAAAUCAACCACAAGGGGAAGUACUUCAAUGUCCCCGGUCCGCAUCUGUGCGAGCCGAGCCCCCAGCGCACGCCCUUCUUACUGCAGGCGGGGACGUCCACGGCGGGCAAGGCGUUUGCGGCGAACCAUGCCGAGGCUAUCUUCCUGCAUGCGCAGAAGCCGGAGCUGGUGCGUCCGUCGGUCGACAGUAUCCGAGCGCAGGCGAAGGAGUUGGGCCGUGAUCCGUCCGCGAUCAAGAUCAUUGCCGGGUUGUUGGUCAUCGUGGCGGAGACGGAUGAGGCCGCGCAGGCCAAGUUCGAGGAGCUGGCCCAGUAUGGCGAUACGGAAGGCGCACUGGCGCUGUUUGGCGGAUGGUCCGGUUACGAUCUGUUCAAGUAUGCCGAUGACCAGGAUUUCCGAUUUGUUGAGCUGCCUGCCGUCCGAAGCAUGGUCAACCACUGGGCCAGCACGGUGCCUGGGACCGAAGGGAAGAAGUGGGACAAGAAGACCAUUGCUGAAUAUCUGAGACUGGGAGGCAAUGGAGCCAAGGUGAUUGGAAGUGCAAAGACCGUGGCGGAUGAAUUGGAGAGAUGGGUCGAAGUAGGAGACGUGGAUGGCUUCAACCUCAGCUAUGCCACCAUUCCAGACACGUUUGACGAUAUCAUCAAGUAUCUGCUGCCGGAACUGCGCAGACGAGGUCUGUUCUGGGACGAUUAUGCGGUGCCUGGAGGGACCCUACGGGAGAACAUGUACGGCGAAAAGGGACAAAACAGGCUGCCAGAGACACAUCCUGGCGCGAAGUACUUUUGGCGCGAGGGAGAGGAGGUCCCUGCGUAUGCGAAAGAAUAG